UGUCUCAGUUUUAUUAGACUAGAGCGGAAAUACAUUACAAUAUGCCCCCACCAGUACCAAUGUAUUUAAGGUCUACAUUGUAGUUGGUGUUACACUUGCAUGGCUUUGUGUUUACUAGCUUAUAUAAAUAACGUUAGCAUAUUUUAGCUAGCUAUAAGACGGAGGAGGUAGCGCUGCUAUAACCAAAACGAGCAUUCUCCCCGGAAGUGGGUGGUGCAUGCAAAUAGUUUUAUGCUAACGUUAGUUAGUUAGCUAUAUAGUAGCAGCAACAGCUGGUUGCUAGUUGAUUUUCUUGCCAAGCAAAUUGAAAACUGGCCAUUACGAUACCGGUAAUGGUUCGAUAUGACAAACCGCAACAUUCUGGGUAACAUUAGCUAGCUAGCUCGGGAACGUUAAACAAAACGUUUUGAAGGGCUUAGUUUUGGUGUUUCCUGUGCCCUAUGAUCUAAAUCAGAUUUGCUGUCUGGAUAUAGGGGCUGAAGGAGGAUGGCGGUGUGGAUCCAGGCCCAGCAGUUGCAGGGGGAUGCGCUGCACCAGAUGCAGUCUCUCUACGGACAGCACUUCCCCAUAGAGGUGCGUCACUACCUGGCCCAGUGGAUCGAGGGGCAGCUCUGGGAUUCUGUGGAGCUGGAGAACCCCCAGGAUGAGCUGAAGGCCAAGCGUCUGCUGGACAGCCUGGUGCAGGAGCUGCAGAGGAAGGCCGAGCACCAAGUGGGGGAGGACGGCUUCUUGCUCAAGAUCAAACUGGGACACUACGCCAGCCAGCUCAAGAGCACGUAUGACCGCUGUCCUCUUGAGCUGGUGCGCUGCAUCAAGCACAUCCUUCACUCGGAGCAGAGGCUGGUGCAGGAGGCCAACAACGCCGUCGGGAGUGGCGGCGGGGGUGGGACCAUGGACAGCCUGUCCCAGAGGCACCAGCAGAUCAACCAGACGUUUGAGGAGCUGCGCGUGUCCACGCAGGAGACUGAGAACGAGCUGCGCAAGCUGCAGCACAACCAGGAGUAUUUCAUCAUCCAGUACCAGGAGAACCUGCGCAUCCAGGCCCAGUUGAGCAGUCUGUCAGCUGUGCCGGCAGAAGAGCGAACCCAGAGAGAGACCAGCCUGCAGGCCAAGAGAGCCACCGUGGAGGCUUGGCUCACCAGGGAGGCCAACACACUGCAGAAAUACAGACUGGACCUGGCGGAGAAGCACCAGAAGACUCUGAGCCAGCUGAGGAAGCAGCAGACGCUGAUCCUGGAUGAGGAGCUGAUCCAGUGGAAGAGACGUCAGCAGCUGGCCGGCAACGGGGGACCCACCGAGGGGGGACUGGAUGUCUUGCAGUCCUGGUGUGAAAAGCUAGCGGACCUGAUCUGGCAGAACCGGCAGCAGAUCCGGCGGGCCGAACACCUGACCCAGCAGCUACCUCUGCCUGGCCCAAUGGAGGAGCUGCUCACCAAGCUCAACUCUGACAUCACCGACAUCAUCUCCGCUCUCGUCACCAGUACGUUUAUCAUCGAGAAGCAGCCCCCCCAGGUGCUGAAGACCCAGACUAAGUUUGCGGCGACUGUGCGCCUACUGGUGGGCGGGAAGCUCAACGUGCACAUGAACCCCCCGCAGGUCAAGGCAGUCAUCGUCAGCGAGCAGCAGGCCAAGGCCCUUCUCAAGAAUGAGAGCACCCGCAAUGACAGCAGUGGAGAAAUUCUCAACAACAACUGUGUGAUGGAAUACCACCGGACCACAGGAACCCUGAGUGCUCACUUCAGGAACAUGUCCCUGAAGCGGAUCAAGCGGUCGGACCGUCGCGGGGCAGAGUCGGUCACAGAGGAGAAGUUCACUGUCAUGUUUGAGUCUCAGUUCAGCGUGGGGGGCAACGAGCUGGUCUUCCACGUCAAGACAUUAUCUCUCCCCGUCGUGGUGAUAGUUCACGGUAGUCAAGACAACAACGCCACGGCAACGGUCCUGUGGGACAACGCUUUUGCAGAGCCGGGCAGGGUGCCAUUCGUCGUUCCUGACAAGGUGCUGUGGCCCCAGCUUUGUGAAGCCCUAGACAUGAAAUACAAGGCAGAGAUGCACAGUGCCCGUGGCCUCUGCGACGACAACCUGGUCUUCCUGGCCCAGAAGGCAUUCAGUAGCGCCAGCAUAAACCAAGAAGACUACCGCAACAUGACCAUGUCCUGGGCCCAGUUCAACCGGGAGAGCUUGCCAGGGAGGAACUUCACUUUCUGGCAGUGGUUUGACGGAGUCAUGGAGCUCAUGAAGAAACACCUGAAGCCCCACUGGAAUGACGGGGCGAUAUUGGGCUUUGUGAAUAAACAGCAGGCCCAGGACAUGCUGAUGUCCAAGCCCAACGGGACCUUCCUGCUCCGCUUCAGUGACUCUGAGAUCGGGGGCAUCACCAUCGCCUGGGUGGCAGAGAACCCUAACAAAGCGGGGGAGAGGCUGGUGUGGAACCUCAUGCCGUACACCACCAAAGACUUUUCCAUCCGCUCACUAGCCGACCGCAUCAGUGACCUCAACCACCUUAUGUUCCUCUAUCCCGACCGGCCCAAGGACGAGGUGUUCUCCAAGUACUACACCCCUCCCCUCUCAAAAGCAGUGGAUGGCUACGUCAAACCACAGAUCAAGCAGGUUGUGCCAGAAUUCACUACUCCCAACCCUGAGCCGUCCAGUGGGAACCCCACCUACAUGGACCAGGCACCCUCCCCGUCAGUGGCUCACCCCAUCAACUUUGCAAUUUUCCCUCCCAUCAGAAGUGACCCCAUGAUGGACGCAGAUGGAGAGUUUGACCUGGAAGACACCAUGGAUGUGGCCCGACACGUGGAGGAGCUUCUGCGGCGGCCCAUGGCCAACCAGUGGGACGGCCAACAGUCCUGAACUUUCACCUUUGACCCCUGACCCUGCACCCAACAAGAGCAAGCACCCAGAAAACAUCCAAUGGCUUUGGUCCCAUUGGUUUAUAUUGUCUAUUUUUUUGUCAAUUCUCAAAGGUGAAAUGUAAUAUUUGACAGUUCUUGGAUUCUUUUCUGAUCUUCUUGAUGUGGCAAUUGAUUAUUUAAAAGAAAUAACUAAUUGUACCUGAAGAAAAAGCACAGUUGAAAAGGUUUGUUUGGAAGUAAGUACUGAGAAAAAUGUAGAAAUGUGUGUUACUACAAUAUACAGCAAUAUUUUUACAAAAAUGUUUAGCUAUGCUGCUUAUGGCCAUCCUCUGAAAAUGUUUAAAGAGCAGGAAGGCCUGCACACUGUUUUUAUGCUCCCAAUUCACAGCUUUAUUGACAACGUUUCGAUCCGAACCGGUCAAACAAGGUCAGGUCAAACAAAUGGAGUGCUCACAUCCGAAAAUGUACACGUUUCACCUCACAUGACCAUGACACAUGGUGGGUGUGGAAACAAUUCAAUUAACUUUCUCACAGUUAAUCCGAGGUACAUGUGGUCCUAAAGGAUUAUAGUCAUACAAAUAGGGCUGAGUUAACCUAGGCAACUUUUUUUUUUAUUUUUUUAAAGGCCAUAGAUAUAAUUACAGUGUUCCUUUUCAAAAACCAACUUGUGUACCUCUAAUAAUUUAGAUAUCAAUGAGAUGGGCACGUGUAGUAGUCUUCGAAUAUAUAAUAUGUACAAAAUGACCAAGUGGAGACCUAGCCGUCAGGACAAAUCAACGUAACAUAUUUAUGUAAAAAAUAGUCUAUCAAAUUCUUUGUUCAUAGCUUUAGGAGACAUGGUGGACAAACGGGGAAUCCAAUGCGAUUCUCUUCUCAGUAAUAAAUUAACAGUACCCCCACCCCCCCAAGUAGCCUUAACAUGUUCAAUACCCGUGUAUCUCAGAGAGCUGUUGUGACGAGCCUCUGUGAAACGUGCAGCCACAGUUUCUCUGAUCAAGAGUCCUGAUAUUUCUCUUGUGUUCUAUGUUUUCACAGCUCGUUUCGUUUUUCCUUCAUGGCAUAGACCACAAAUGCACUUGAUCAGGUAUACCAUUUUUUUUUUUUUUGUAUAACACGUGAUACACUUAAUCUUAAUGGCCUUGCCUGUGAUGGAUUGAUUGAACGUUGUGCAUUUGUUCUUAAAGUCACACUGGGUACAUCGGCCACAUCUGUAAUUACUGUCCGGCACGUUAUCUAGGAAGGUGCUACGUGGCAUCGGUGGGAAGGGAUGGUUUGGGAGUGUCAUACAGCCAAUCCUCUGGUAACGGUGGUUAGUGGUUAGUUAAGCCUAGUGGUUAGAGCGUUGAGCCAGUUACCAAAAGGUUGCUAGAUUGAAUCUCCCCGCCGACAAGGUAAAAAUCUGUCGUUCUACCACUGAGAAAGGCAGUUAACCCACUGUUCCCCGAGUUCCGAAGACCUGGAUGUUGAUUUAAGUGUGAUUUUUUAAAUGCGGGAGACUCAUUUCAGUUGAAGGCAUUCAGUUGUAAAACUGACUAGGUAUCCCCUUUCCCUGUUUGAAGCGUUCAUCCAGACAGUGCACUUGAUUGUACUACAGAUCCUGCUUAUACAACUGUAUUGGGUGAUAGGGAGGCUCUUUUUCAGGGAAACGGUACUUUUACUCUUCAGGUUGGUAUCGUCAAAGAGAGGCGCUAUAGUCAAAGUACACCGCAUUUCUUUAAAUGCUCAGUGCUCUAUUUGUUUCCAAAGGUUUGGAAUGUAACUAUUAAAUUAUUUGAAUCUUGCAUCUCUACACCGUUUAAAUUCAAAAUCAACAUAACAAAAUUGCCAUUCAGAAUGAAUCAUGUUUGAAGUAGAUUCCACCGUUGAGUAUUUGAAAUACGAUAGUACAGUAUUUUGACCCUUUCCAUCCUCAAAAUGGGGCCCUUGGUUUGAAACGCCAUGUGCUGUGUACAUUCUGCCUCACAUUACGUGUGUAAUACAUGUACAGUAUCUUCUGCCUUUGAAUGUCAAGUUUACUAGCCUUAAUUCAAACUCCUCUUGCUUCUUAUUACACUGAACUAGUUUCACUUAGUGUAUCAGUUUAUUUUUCUAAACAAAUUAACUAGUAACUUAACUAUUGAAUUGCUACUCAAAUUCAUCAGACUACAUUAUAAACUCAGCGAUAACCAAUGACCCGCUCUCUUUUUGCUUGAUUUAAUUUAGUAUGAAUUAAAUACAAAACAACAAAUUGACCUUUUGACCAGAUCAUACCUUGUUGUUUAAGAUGUUAAUGUUAAGUGUUACCCAUUCACUGAAAAUAUCAAUUUUGAAUGGGCUGUGUGAUCAUGUAUUGAUUUCUUUUAACUGUAUGCAAUCAUGUUUUUUGUUACCUAUAUUUGCAGGCACGACACCCCUAUUCCUGACACUUAGCUACCCACUCUUUUAUCUCAAGUACCACAUACAGCUACUACCUUAUUUGCCUAUUCAGAAGUACUUGUGCAGUAUCGUAGCUUCUCUCCUUCUCUGUCUGUGCCUUAAGACACUGACCACGAUUGUGAAGUGGCAACAUCAAUGUCCAGGCAAGAGAUUGUAUAACCACCUACCUUUAGUAUGCUCUCCCUUGCCUUUACAGCACUGCGUUCAGCAGGGCAUGGGCAAUGUUGUGGAGUGUAGAUUUUUUUUUUUUAAAUAAAAAAAUAGAUAUACAGUGCCUUGCAAAAGUAGACAUCCCCCUUGGCGUUUUGCCUUUGUUGCAUUACAACCGGUAUUUUAAAUGGAUAUUUAUUUGAAUUUCAUGUAAUGGACAUACACAAAAGUCUAAAUUGGUGAAGUAUAUAUAUUUGCUAUGAGGGCCCUAAAUAAAAUCUGAUGCAACCAA